GAGAAUCGUGUCAGAUUAAUUUCCUUUUUAAAUUUCUUGAGUAGUUAAAGUAAUAAUAUUCUCGAGAGAGUGAAAAGAUCUUUCUCCAUUAUAUAUGCAGCUCUUUCUCCAUCUUCUCCUCUUCGAAAGUUACUGAAACCACUUUCAUUUUUUUUCUUUUUCUCAGUCAAUACCCCCAAAAGGAAUAGUAAUGGAUGUUAGCAUGAGUUUUUCACAAGAUAUGGAUGAUGAGUAUGAGAAGCUCAUUAGAAGAAUGAACCCACCCAGGGUUGUUAUUGAUAAUGACUCUUGCAAGGAGGCAACUGUGAUAAGGGUGGAUAGUGCAAAUGAAUAUGGGAUUCUACUUGAAGUUGUGCAAAUCCUCACUGAUCUUGACCUCACUAUCACUAAAGCUUACAUAUCCUCUGAUGGUGGUUGGUUCAUGGAUGUAUUUAAUGUCACUGACCAAGAUGGGAACAAAGUCACUGAUGAAGUUGUUCUUGACUAUAUCCAAAAAUCUCUUGGGCCUGAAGCUUGUUUCUCCACUUCCUUGAGAUCUGUUGGUGUCAUACCAUCAACAGACAGCACAGUUAUCGAGUUAACCGGUUGUGACAGACCAGGUUUGCUGUCUGAACUGACAGCAGUUCUGACCCACCUCAAAUGCAGUGUCCUAAACGCCGAGGUCUGGACACACAACACAAGAGCAGCUGCUGUGAUGGAGGUGACAGAUGACUUAACCGGUUCCGCCGUUUCUGAUCCAGAGAGGCUCUCACGGAUCAAGAGCCUUCUCAGGAAUGUGCUCAAGGGAAGCAACACACCCAAGGAAGCCAAAACGGUUGUGUCUCUCGGGGAGGUCCACACUGAUAGGAGGCUUCAUCAGAUGAUGUUUGAGGAUAGAGACUAUGAGAACCUGGACGAUGAAUCCUCCAACGUCCAAGAUGAAAGGCAAAGGCCAGAUGUUUGUGUUGAUAAUUGGCUUGAUAAGGACUACUCUGUGGUCACGGUUAGGUGUAAAGACAGACCAAAGCUUCUGUUCGACACUGUCUGCACUUUGACUGAUAUGCAGUAUGUUGUUUUCCAUGGAAGCGUUGAUACUGAAGGCACAGAGGCAUAUCAGGAGUAUUAUGUGAGACAUAUAGAUGGGUCUCCUGUAAAGUCAGAGGCAGAGAAGCAAAGAGUCAUACAAUGUCUUGAAGCAGCUAUCAAAAGAAGAGUCUCUGAGGGAUUGAAGUUGGAGCUGUGCACUACAGAUAGAGUAGGCUUGUUGUCAAAUGUGACUAGAAUUUUCCGUGAAAACAGUCUAACGGUCACGAGAGCUGAAGUGAAAACCAAAGGAGGCAAAGCUGUGAACACGUUCUAUGUCAGCGAUGCGUCUGGCUACUCAAUUGAUGCCAAGACCAUAGAUUCCAUAAGACAAACCAUAGGCAAAACUAUCCUCAAAGUUAAGAACAAGCCUAAAGAACAACAACAAAGAGAGAAACCUCCUUCCCAAGAAUCACCGACAAGGUUUCUCUUUGGGGGUCUCUUCAAGUCUAAAUCUUUCGUCAACUUUGGCUUGGUUCGGUCCUACUCUUGAAGACACAUCUUGGUUUAGAACUUUGAGGUUAAGUCUCCUCUAGUUUUUAACUGCUUCUUUAAACUUGAGAAGAAUCUGUAAAUGUAUCACCAGGCAUAACCUUAAUUCUUGGUCUAGGAUCCAACGUUGGGUAGGGAAAAAAGACAAGGGUUUAAGUUGAUGUCAUGACUAAAGUGUUAAGUGUCAACCUUUUCUGUAUAUAGUAUCAACUUCUCAUAAUUAUCUCCA